UAUCGGUACGGACAGCUCCGCACCUUCACCAACCCCUCACAAAUCUGCAAGUCCAACAAGAAAGCACAAGCAACAGCAAAAGCAUCUACCGCAAUAAACAGCACCAAGCAAGCAGCACCAAACAGAAACCAAAACAGCACCAUCACAAAUCUUUCUUCGGCUAUCAAACGAAAGAACAAAGCAAAAGCAUCGACAGCCAUAAAUAGAAGAAGAAAAAAUACAAAGACAACAACGCCAUGACUCUUACAAUUGUUGUUGGUUCAUCUGGAUCAGGGAAGACAACCUUCUUGAAUGAUGUGCACAAGUCGCACAAAUGUACUUACAUCCGUCAGUACCACAACCUCCGUCCUUACAUCGCAGUUACGAAGAUUCCAAACUUUGACCCCACUGUGCUGCCAUACUGGGAUAUCUAUGAAAAAGAAGGGACUGCCAACAGCAUCCAAGUUGGUGGAACAAUGGCUGGAGAGUUCACAGCUGGACUCAGUGGAGGUCAGCGCAAACUCUUGCUCUUUGAACUUAUCUACCAAAGGACCAUGAACCAGAAGAAACUUCUUUUAGUGCUUGAUGAGCCAUUUGCUGGGGUGACCGAUGACUUUGUCCCUUGGAUUGUGGAUCGAUUGAACCUUAUGAGGGAAAAACACAACAUCCUGCUGGUCACCAAUGAUCAUGUCCAAGCAUUGACUGAUAUGGCUGAUAAUGUCAUCACUGUCUCAGCUAUUGACCGCAGCAAGGUUAAAAUCAAUAAACGUGAAAAGGUGGACCGUGAAAAGGCCAUCAUGGCACUUUCUGUAGGAAAUGAUUACAAAUUUGGGACAUCCAAUGCUGAUCUGAAGUUCUUCAUGGAUGUGGAAGUUCGGAACAGUGGUGCCCUCAAGGGUAUCUUUGCCUUCACCAUGUUCUCAUUUUUGAUGUUCCUGCUGACAUUCUGGGACUCUAAGGAUGAGAGUGCUGCUCUUGUUUUGGUUGGAGCUGGUAUCAUUGCCUUUUUUACUAUAAACCCCUACCUGCUUAGUUUGGUGGAUUGGCGAAACUUCAUGACUGAAGAAUCAGAAGCCCUAUUGCAUUCAAGCAAAGGAAUGAACAAGUUGUUGAAGACUCUACUUGCAAUGACAAUGAUCUUCCUCAUUGCAUUGCUGGAAUAUGGAUUUGUGAAUGCUGUCAUUGGUGGACUCUCGAGCUUUGACUACUUUGUGGCCAUGUUCUUUGACAGUGCAAGCAUGACAUUUCCUUUCAUCUGCUUUGGGCUCUACACAAAUCUUCCCUUCCAAGCUGUUGAGAUGCUGGGUAGCAUGCCCUUCCUUUUCAUGAUCUUCUUCUCCACAACUUUCUCGCCCGGCAGUGGUGUACCUGGCUUGAAGGCAUUGAGGUACCUCUUCAGUCGCUUCUACUUUUGGUGUAUGGUCCCUGUUGUUGACCAGCAAAUGGAGGGAUGCCCUGCAGACAGUGGAUUGAAUUUGUUGUAUCUUUGUCUCAGUGGUUUGCUUGGAGUAUUCCUCUUUGUCAUUAUCAUGGGUGGUGCUGCCAUUAUCAAAUCUGCCAGGAAGAAGAAGGAUGGCAAGAGGCGUGAGGCAAUGAAGGAUGAUGAUGAAUUCCAAGAGUUGCAGCUUGAAUUGUAUGGAGAGAAACAGCUGCGGAAGUUGCUCAGGGCGGAUAGCUCUGGAUCAGUGAAAUCAAUCACCUACACUGACAAUGCCGAGUUUGAUGUCUAGCUAGCAAGUAGGUAGAACAAAGUAACAUGAUCAGAUUAAAUUUCAUUUC